CUAUCCACGUUGUAGUGUUUUUUUUUUCUUUUUUUAAAAUGGAUGUGACGUCAGUUAAUCCUAUUUUGAAAUUCAAUUCCAAUCAAGUAGAGGAAGUUCGUAAAUUAUUCAAUUAUCACGAUGUGAAUAAGUUAUACCAGGAUCUCGAUAUUUUAGAAGAUUGGAUUAGGAAGCAGAAUCAUUUCACUGUGAGAGAGUUUGAUAGAGGAUAUUUAGAGAGAUAUCUCCUAGCCAAUAAGGGUUCCGUGGAGAGAACCAAGAAACGCUUGGACCGGCUGUGUACCUUGAGAAACUUACUUCCCGAAUUAACACAAAACUUUAACAUAAAACACGAAUUUGAUGCUUUGUUUCGAUGCACUCGUCAGUGUGUCCUGCCAAAACCAACGAAAGAUCACUACAGGGUUCUUAUAUCUGAAGUUCAUAACGCUGAGGAUUACGAGAAUGCUGAACUUUUACACUUCUAUCGAUAUGCCAUUGUGUUUAUAGAGUACAUGCUCUGUCACGACCAUAAUGCUGGAAUAGAGUUUAUAAUGGAUAACCGACGGAUGUCGUUGGGGGUGUUAGCUAAAAUGAACCCUUUGGUAGUACACAAGGCGUUCACUUUAAUGGAAGCCUACGGCCUCCGCCUAAAAACCCUGCACAUAAUAAGCAGCUCCAAAUUCCUGGAUACUCUGGUCUCCAUCAUGAAGCAGGGUAUGAGUACUAAGCUCGGUAGCAGGAUACAGAUCCACACCAAUGUGGAGUCCUUGCACCGGUUCAUUGCUGCUGACAUCCUGCCCGAAGACUAUGGUGGCCAUGAGAAGAGCAUCGCUGAACUGACAGUGGAUCUGUUCAAAGAGAUGAGUUCAGACAAGCAAGUAGCGUGGAUGAAGUACGUGGAAGGAGUGAGCACAGAUGAAGCCUGCAGGCUGUCUGGUGACUUCAACGAGGAGUAUAUGGGAAUGCCAGGGUCCUUCAAGACGUUGUGUGUUGAUUGAUAUCUUCCUAUGUUGCUGUUUUUUUACUGAAUCAGCGUAAUUCAACGCAAUUACCGUGGAUAAACUUGUCGAUGGUCAAUUUACAUUUUUGAAUCUACGUCAUUAUAUUCAGGUAUAAAUAACAAGUGAUGUAAUAAUUAGAAGAACACAUUUGACACAAGGCAUUUUUA